AUGCAGUUCAACUCUUUUGUGGCCCUUCUGGCCGGAGCGUCGACCGUUUACGCUCACGGCGUCAUUCUUGCAGCCGAGGGCGACAAGGGCAAGAGCCAAGGCUUCCUCGUCAAUGAAAACGUUGCGAGAAAUUGCACCGAAAUCAACCCCUGCCAACAGGACAGCACCAUCAUCCGCGAUGCCGAGAUCACCCAGAACAUCGUCAACGGCUGUGGCCGCACCGAGCUCAACGGUAACAUCGACGUUGGCGAGCAGACGGAGAACGAGUUGUCAGCCAACCGCAUGACCCAAGUGGCCAAGGGCUCAUCCGUCGCUGUCACCAUUCACCAAGUGAAUGCUGACGGUGCCGGUCCCUACGAGUGCGACUUGGACGAGACGAGCAACACCGGUACUUUCACCAAGCUGCAAGUCUCCAACAAUGUGCCGGGCGAGAACGGUCUGUCGGACGCCAAAUUCAAGGACUUUACCAUCAACGUUCAGAUGCCCGACAACCUGAACUGCACUGGCGCAUCCCCCGGCAACAUCUGCACCGUGCGCUGCCGUAACAACGCCCUUGCUGGCCCCUUCGGCGGCUGCUUCGCUGUGCAGCAAACCGACAACGACGGCCGCCCCCAGGAUCAAGCUGCUGGCGAGAUUGAGACCGCCCAGACCCUCGACGGUAUUUCCAAGCAGAUCCAGGUCAACCAGGCCGACUUCAAAACCGCGAUCGAGGCUAACCAGGCGGCCGGCGCCGCUGGCGGUGGUGCGGGCGCCGCGGCGGCUGAGGCCUUGAUCAACGGUACAGACAACGCUGGUGCAGCGGCGAGUGCAGCGGCAGCGGCUGAUACUGCGAACAAUGGAAACAAUAAUGGGAACUCGAACGACAACCAGAACGACAACCAGAACGACAACCAGAACGACAACCAGAACGACAACCAGAACAACAACCAGAACAACAACCAGAACAACGGCAAUGGCGGGAACAACAACAACAACAACAACGGCGGUGGCAACACUGGAUUCGGAUUCGGCAACAGUUUCAGCAGUGGCUUCGGCAACGGCUUCGGCAAGGCCAAGAGGCAGGUCCUUCGCAAGCGACUUGCUCUUCCGCUUCUCUCUUAA